UCCGCACGAAAUUAAAUUUUUAAAAAUGGCGAAAACUAAAAAAAAUCAUUCCGAUCUGAUGCGUAGAAGAUCAAUGAAAAAUAAAAGUGUUAGCAAAUUCGAGAUUAAAGUUAACAAACAGAAACAUCACGUUUUAGGGCAAAAAUUAAGUAAGUAUGACAGGGGGAUGCCCGGAGUUUCUAAAUCGAAAUCCAUCAAGAAGAGAAUGGAGACGCUGUUGGUGGAGUAUCAAAAGUUGAAUAAGGCAAACCAAUUCUUAGACCAUCGCGUCGACGAAAAGGAGAAAAAUCUCUCAGAAGAUGCAAAGGCCAUUAGGCGACUUAAAUUGUCUAAAAAGAAUCUCUACAAUCUAAAUGAUGACGACGACUUCAACUACGAUGACGACUGUGAAGAUGAUGACAAAAACAACCAACUAACUCAUGCUGGAAAAUCUCUCUCUCAAAUAGAAAAUUUUGAUGAUGACAACUGGAGUUAUGGUGACGACGAUGAUGACGAUGAUGAUGAAAAUAAGGGGAAAAUAUCGGGAAAGAUUGUGGCAGAGGAACAUUUCGGUGGCUUCAUGAAAGCCAAACAGGACAAAAAGGACGACGGUGAAGGUGGUGAAAAUAGUGGGGAGGUUAAAAAGGUGAAAUCUCAUGCAGACAGGAUGGCUGAAAUUAUCAUGGAUUCUAUAAUCAAGAAGAACCAGAGAAAGAGAGAAAAAUUUGAACAUCUGAAGCAAGUUGAAGAGUUGAAUGCCAACAUGAAGAACGUACUGCCUCAGCUUAAUAUACAUUUGAGAAAAGAUGGAGAAGAUGAUGGGAAAAAUGAGAAACCAGACAGUCUUGAUAUUAAGAUGAGAAUGUUGCACUUUCUACCGAAAGGAACUCCAUCAGACAGGCUGAAAUCCAAAGAGGAAAUUGAUCGACUCGAGAGGGAGAGGCUGAAAAAAUCGGAAGAAGAAAGGAUUGAAAGAAUGAAGGGUGACCCGAAGGUCAAGGGGUCAUCUGCCGUUAGAGUGCACCAAUCAGCUGAUGACUUGAACGAUGACUAUUGGUUACCUGAGAACAAAAGGAAAGACAAGAAAGUUUCAUUUGCUGGAUGAUGACGACGAUGAUGAUGAUGAUGAUGGUGGUGAUGAUGACAGAGAGAACGUAAGUAGCGGUAAUAAAGAUAAAAGCAAGUUAAAAAUGAAGCCUGGGAAUUCAAAAAAUGAUGAUGA